AUGAACUUUCAGGGCUCAGCACGUAGCUAAUCUUCGUAAGCUUAGUGGUAUCACAUUUCACUCUUUUGUUUGGGUCAGUUGCCAGAAGUCAAAAAUGACGGUAGCAUUUAAUCAGUGAAAACCUCUUGCAACCGCCUUAGAUAAGAGGGGGGACAAGCGCGUUUUUCUGCCUGCCUGGAGAUGGCGCUCAAACAGGCAACACCGGUGGCUAGAAAGCGGACGGUACAGCAGGCGGCGCCUGUGGUUGUGUUUAAGGAGUUAAAAUCAUCAAGUACUGCAUUGCUAGAAAGGCUGGGAGGAGAGGAGACGCGCAGAGGAACUUCCUCUUCCGGAUGGCUGAUGGGAGGAAGUUGGUGUGCAGAGCGGCUUUUGUGCUGUUUCCAUGGUGGAAGCAGCAGCUGGCAGACAAAGAGGAUGGCAAAAAGAGCACUCUGGACAACUGAGAAUAACAAGCAACGUUGAAAAGUAAAUAAAAUUGAGCCAGAAAUCAAAAUAUAUUCCAGUUCCUUCAGAAAACCACAGAAUUCUCCUUCUCCAGCAGCUAAUAGACAAAAGAGAGAAAAUUAACAUGAGAUUUUGAGCUGGAAAAAGUAGAGGAUACGAAACUCAAGGAUACAUUGCAUGAAAGAUCAAGGAAGAUUAUUUUUCAUUCAGAAAAAGAUGGAAAUAUCUGGAAGUUAGUGGGAAGGAAAAGGUCUUACUGAGCAGGGCACAUAGGACAGACAAUGAUACAGGCCUUGCUCUGGGAAGAAGCAAAUGGCUUUAAUCAAAACACCAUUAAACAAUAGAUCACACAUAUUUUUGAUCUCAAGAAUAUCAGUUGUGGAAAAGCUCCAUAGAUCUGCCUAUUGUAGAAAAAGCACAGAUUGCAAAUCAUAGCUGAUUAAACAAGAAGAUCCCAACUGUAGAAAAGCCAUACAAAUUAUCUGAAUAUGCCAAAAAGUUUGGUCAGAACAGUUUCCUUGUGGUUCAUGGAACGACUCACACAGGAGAGAAGCCAUACGAGUGCUCCAGAUGUGAAUACUUUAGUGAGCACGGCAACAUGGUGAUACAUCACAGGACACCCAUCACAUAAGAGUGUCCAAAUUGUGUGAAAGUUUCAUUGGAAAUUACCACCUCAUGAGACAACAAAGGACUCACACAGGAGAGAAACCCUUUGAAUGCCCUAUCUGUGGGAAAGGUUUCAAUCACAAUUCCAGCCUGCUGCCACACCAGAGGACUCACACAGGAGAGAAACCCUUUCAAUGUCCAGAUUGUGGGAAAAGUUUCAAUAAAACUUCCAACCUGGUGAAACACCAGAGAACUCACACAGGAGAGAAUCCAUUUGAAUGUCCUGAUUGUGGGAAAAGCUUCCUUUGGAAUUCUGAGCUGGUGAGACACCAGAGGACUCACACAGGAGAGAAACCAUUUGAAUGUCCUGAUUGUGGGAAAAGUUUCAGUCGCAAUUCCAGUCUGGUGAUACACCAGAGGACUCACACAGGAGAGAAUCCAUUUGAAUGUCCUGCUUGUGGAAAAAGGUUCAGUAACAAUUCCAAUCUGGUGACACACCAGAAGACUCACACAGGAGAGAAACCAUUUGAAUGUCCUGAUUGUGGGAAAAGCUUCCUUUGGAAUUCUGAGCUGGUGAGACACCAGAGGACUCACACAGGAGAGAAACCAUUUGAAUGUCCUGAUUGUAGGAAAAGUUUCAGUCAAAAUUCCAGCCUGGUGAUACACCAGAGGACUCACACAGGAGAGAAUCCAUUUGAGUGUCCUGAUUGUGGGAAAAGGUUCAGUAACAAUUCCAAUCUGGUGACACACCAGAAGGCUCACACAGGAGAGAAACUAUUUGAAUGUCCUGAUUGUGGGAAAAGGUUCAGUAACAAUUCCAAUCUGGUGGCACACCAGAAGACUCACACAGGAGAAAAACCCUUUGAAUGUCGUGAUUGUAGGAAAAGUUUCAGUCAAAAUUCCAGCCUCGUGAUACACCAGAAGACUCACACAGGAGAGAAACCAUUUGAAUGUCCUGAUUGUGGGAAAAGCUUCCUUUGGAAUUCUGAGCUGGUGAGACACCAGAGGACUCACACAGGAGAGAAACCAUUUGAAUGUUCUGAUUGUGGGAAAAGUUUCAGUCGCAAUUCCAGUCUGGUGACACACCAGAAGACUCACACAGGAGAGAAACCAUUUGAAUGUCCUGAUUGUGGGAAAAGUUUCAGUCGCAAUUCCAGUCUGGUGACACACCAGAAAACUCACACAGGAGAGAAACCAUUUGAAUGUCCUGAUUGUGGGAAAAGUUUCCUUUGGAAUUCUGCGCUGGUGAGACACCAGAGGAUUCACACAGGAGAGAAACCAUAUGAAUGCCCAGACUGUGGGAAAGAUUUCAGUACUAAGACUAGCCUUUUAAAUCAUGUGCUUAUACACACGGGAGAAACCAUUUAAGUGCCCCAAGAGUGGACGGUGCUUCAGGAAACAUUCCACCCUUAUUGCAUACAAGAAAAUGCAGAUGGAUUUUCCAAAGUGAUAAGUGAUGACCUAAAGCAGUGGUUCCCAAAGUGGGCGGUACCAAAAUGGGGGGCGGUGGGAUGACUUAGGGGGGCAGUAAGAGGCAAGGGGGGCGGCAGGGGGCGCUAGAGGCAAAAGGAGGCAGCAGGGGGGCGCUAAGUGGCAAGGAGGGUGGCGGAAGGUGGCCCCCACCCUUUGGCCUGUGCCUUGCAGCAGUUACCUCCUUGCAAGCAAACAGCAAGAAAAAACAGCUCCUUUCAGCUUCAGCAUAGGCUAAUUAGCACAAGUUGAUUAGAUUGGCCUCCCGACUCUGUCAGCUGUUUUGCGCAGGGCUCUGCUGCUUGCAAAGAGUGUCGGAGCAGAUUUUUUUUUCCCGUUGUAGUCAAGCUAUGCUGAAAAUGAUAAGUUUUUCUUUCUUUUUUUUUUUUUUAGAAAUAUGAAUAAGUAUAAACUGUAACAAUCGAAAUACCUUUAAUGAUAUAUGGUACUGAAAGUAAAAAGGAUUAAGUUGUAGCUUGGA